AUGCUGGAACAUACGGUGAUUACCUCGUCAAACAAUUUAUCCGCUCCCUUAAGGGCAAUGCUUUCAAUUGGUACACGGACCUUGAGUCUGGUUCCAUUGAUAGUUGGAAACAAAUGGAGAAAGAAUUCCUCAAUCGCUUCUAUAGCACAAGGUAUGCAUUGGGAUCUUCGUUACAUAUUGCAAGGCAUAAAGCCUAAAACGUUUGAAGAACUAGCAACACAUGCUCAUGAUAUGAAACUGAGUAUGACUUCAAAUGGAGAUCAGGAGUUGUCCAACUUCAAAACUUACAAAGAAAAUAUAAUCGACAUUGAGGAUGAUGACAAGUUUUCAUCUGAAAUCGAAAUUGAAGAGUCUAUUCAUUUCUAUAUAAGAAAGAUCUUUGUUUUGUUUAAAGGGUUUUGGAGGUUUAGCGUUGCGGCAGGAAUUCCCAUGUGGUCGGUUCUAAAAUCUCGAAGCUUCUCUUCUUCUCCUGCAACUCAACAAUGGAAGCUAGGGUUAUCAAUGCUCAAUCGCUCUCUAUCUUUUUCUUCCUCCGCCACCAAUGACGGCGCCGAUGAAGGAAUCCGCAGCGGAGAGUUACUGAAACUGGAGGAAGUGGAGACAAUCCUCAGAGAUGUCAAAGCUGAUAACGUCAAAGUUUUUCCCAUUCCUAAACACUGUGAUUUUGCAGAUUUCAUGGUCGUUGCUACUGGUCGAUCCGCUUGGCACGUCCGUAAUAUUUCUCAAGCCCUAAUUUACAAGGUUAAGCAGAAGCAAAAAGGAUCAAAGAGAAUGUUGUUACCUAGCGUGGAAGGGCAAGAAGCAGGCAACUGGAUUGUAAUUGACUCUGGCAAAGUAGUAAUUCAUGCCCUUGAUGAGAAAGUGAGAGCAUACUACAACUUAGAGAAGCUUUGGAGCACAUAUGCAUCAAACCAGGACCAUGGUGUUGGUCAGGGUCAGGAUUUGGACAAGGCCUUUGUGAAGGUUCGCCCUAAGAAUAACUCUAAAAAGCGGCCCUCUACAACUGCCUGACGUAUGGAAAAUCAGCUCUGUCAUGUUGGCUGGCAAUUCGAGCCACUAUAUAGAAGUGGUUUCUUUCAGGAAUAGCUGGGGUUUUGCUUUUGGAGAUUGUUAUUAGUUCAAAGUUUGCAUGUUCCAUUUUCAUUGUAUGUGAUUUUGAUAAUGGUACCUUUGAGACCAUUGAGGUGUACAUUCUCAUAAUAUGUCACAAGCAACAGUGAAACCUUUGGUGUGUAAUAGUUGUUCCGGUUAUGUAUUUAUGUUAGGGUUAUGAGCCAUGACUAUUUUCUUGUUGAUGAAUGAUAUCAGCAAGGUGUUCAAUAACCUGAAGUGUUUUUCUUCAGUUGUGUGUAACUUGUUGGGUACUUAAUGUUAGAAGUUUAACAGUUGA